CGUGCACAGUCGCGGCUCGAACGCCGUUCACUGCGAACGUGUGUCGUUCUCGCGGACUCGUGCACUCGUCCUCGGUGGCGCGAAUGACAUUUCGUCGGUGCUCGUCGAUCCGCGACGCAACUCUUCGAGAGAGACAUUUUCGAAACAAAGGGGGGAGCAGACGGCUGUAAAACGUGAGUGGACCUGCGACGGGAAAGACUGCUCCGGCGAAAACUCGGAAGAGGCUCUCGAUCGAAGCACGUCCUCGGAGCACAUGUUCGAUGACCAGUGACGAUUUGCGCGCGCUGAAACAGUGUUUCGCGGCGUUCCCAGAGAAAUGACUGAUAACGGUGAUUUUGAUCCUGUGAUCGAUGAUUGAGACACUCGGAUCGAUGUUCGAGACGGUGUACGCGACAUUCUGAAUGGACGAACGCGCUAAUCGGUGAUCGAGAAGCGGGACGAAACUGUAGAUCGCUCUAUUUACUCCGAAUUUUACUGUGAACAAUACCUAUCGUAAUGAGCCGCGAGCACGUGUGUGAUUUUCCGCAGUCUAGUCAGAAGUAUGCGCAGUUUACUCAUAUUUAAUACUUCACACACUAUACCAAAUAGAAUUUAAAGCAGAUCGUAGCGAUUGUAGGCGUAUAACUUGUUUCGAUAGGAAAAAAAAAAAUGAUCACCCACGCGUUAUUAAUCGUUAGCAUUCAGUAGUUAGCAUUUAAGAACUCCUAGUAGUAUACUUAAUCAUCUACAUAAAUAAACGGACAUUUUACACGCGUGUCAAUACGUCUGUGAUUUAAAUUGUGCAUAAAAAAAAUUGUCGUUGCGCGAUCAUUAAUAUUUAUCGUAUACACGGGUGCUCGAAGUGACGUAAAAAUAUUUGGAGGAAUAAAGAAAAUUACAUACUUGGUUCAGACAAUUGCCUGGCACCUUUCUGAUUGCAUUUGACUCUUGAACAAUAAGUGCCAGCGCGAAAAUUGACAGUUGAUCCUGUGAGAAUUCAAAAGUAUAACGCAAUAUGUCACAAAUGGCGGCGACUUCCGAGGCCCAGGAGAAUUAUUGAGGGCCCAAGAGGGAAUGGAUUUUCAGAGCGCAAUGGACACCUUUGUAGAGGCAUGGAUGGCUGCUAACACGAAGACGGAUCAAGUACAGAGCCAAGCAUUGGCAUUGACACACAAGGCCUCGCCACCGUCGAGACCGAGCAGCGUGUCCUCGUUACCGAGGAGCCCUCAGUCUCAAUCCCAGCAGUCUCAGCCGCAGAACACACCUCAACCGCCGCCGGUGCAUCCGCUACAAUCGCAGACACCUCUCAGCGCACCCCAGACACCGUUCUCCGCGCAUAACCAGCACCCGAAGCAAGAAAUCAACACCAGUCCCAAGCAGGAGGGCUUCGAUCUCAGCAAAUCCGCCUCCAGCACGGCGAAAAAUCUACCGGUGCAUUGUGUGGUGGAGACGAUUCACAAUAUCGUGGAAAGUCAUGUGAGCAACAGCCGUGAAAAAUGGCGAAGUCCUCAGGUGGAAACGGACUCUUACGUUAUCAUUCCAGUAGCGAUGCCCUUUCAGGAUUUGGUGGGCGAAGCUCUCAUUCGCCUCGGAUACUCCAGCGAUCUCAUACCGAGCGCCCGAGGGAGCAUCGUUAUCCGAAACUGGAAGCCCUUGCCGAUGGAAAAGGUCGCUGACGGGCCACUAUUAACAGUAGGGGAUAUCUUGGCUGAACUAACAUCAGUGGCGACUCUGAAAAUUCAGGUGUACAGAUCCAGACCGCCGCCUCCCAGUCCGGCUGCUGAAGUUAGAAACAAAUUGCUGAGGCUGCUGCUGUUGCACAGCCACACACUUCUCGUCUCCGCCGGAUGUCCCUUGGACGAGAUGACCCUGCUGUCCCUCUGCAGAGGCGGCAACGAUCUAUCGGAAGAAACAAAGCGGAACUUCGAGACGUGGUUGCAGCAGCAACAAAUAGGUCUCGGCAUAAACCCGAUGGCGCCGUCUUCUAAUCAUCAUCACCACACGCAGAGUCCGCAGCCCGACAGCGGCGGCGUGAUCGCGCCCGGCGGCGGUCCGAUCGGCCCACCGCAUCCGGCGCUGCUCCAGUAUUCGCACAAGACCAGGAUGAGGACCAGCUUCGAUUCGGAGCUCGAGCUGCCGCGUCUGCAGCGCUGGUUCGCCGAGAAUCAGCAUCCGUCGCGCGAACAGAUACAGCACUACGUCGCGGAAUUGAACUCCCUGGAGUCGCGUCGCGGCAGGAAGCCGCUGGACGCGAACAACGUCGUCUACUGGUUCAAGAACGCCAGGGCGGCGCAGAAGAGAGCCAGCAUGAACGGCUGCAGUCCGCCUGGACUGAGUCCGCGCGGCGCCAGUAUCGUCAGCGAGGAUUGCACGGACGAAGAAGAAGACACCAGGCAGCAAUUAACAUCAGAGUCACCCUGUCCACCGAGCAGCUCGCCUGUCGGUCCUCUGUCCUUGACGACUCGACCCGAGGACCAGCAGCAGCAGCCGCCGGCGUCGACCCCCUCGGUGAAACAGGAGGAGGCGAGAGUGUCUUCCGGUUCCGAAGACGACGAGACGCGACACACGGGCCCGAUCCCGCCGGGAUUCUCCCUGGUGCCCAGUCCGAUGUUCGGCCACGGUAUAAUGUACAUGUCGCACUAUUUGCCACCGCGCGGGCCGACCGGCUGUCCCACCAACAUGCUGGCCGACGAGCGGAGGAAGAGGAACCGGACGUUCAUCGAUCCGGUGACGGAAGUGCCGAGACUGGAGUAUUGGUUCAAGCGCAGCACUCAUCCGAGUCACGCGCUGAUUCUGUCGUACACGGAAGAGCUGAACAAGAUGCCCUAUCGCCAGAAGUUUCCGCGUCUGGAGCCGAAGAACGUGCAAUUCUGGUUCAAGAAUCGCAGGGCCAAGAACAAGCGGCUGAAGAUGGCGCUGUUCGAGGGCGAGACGCCGCAGCAGCAUCCAUAUCACGCAGACUAGCUAAUUUCUUUAAAUAAUAUCGAGAGACAGAGGGCGCAAGGGGACAACGUGCGCGCAGAAAUAAAGGAAAAUCGUUAACCGACCUGUUACUCCUUACUAUCGUUGAGCUGCGGCUUCAACACUUAAUGGCCGCACAUUCAUUGUAAUUACCACGUAACAAUUAAUAUAAUUAUUAUGGACUUUCAUGAGUGUAAAUACGAGAUGAUGUCGAAUAAAAAAUAUACGUCA